AUGUAUUAUGGAGUUGAAUUGGAUUCUGGAGGCCCCGGGGAGCCAGUGGAGGAGGCGUACUAUGGGAAGGAGCUGAUCCUGGCCGACAGAGAUCUGGUUGAACAGGGGGCCGAUGAGAUCCUGAAGGACGCCGACGUGACUGACGUGGCGUUCCUGGUGGUGGGCGACCCUUUCGGAGCCACCACCCACAGUGACCUGGUCCUGAGAGCAGUGAAUGCUGGGAUACCGUACAAAGUCAUCCACAAUGCCUCCAUCAUGAACGCAGUGGGCUGCUGUGGUCUGCAGCUGUAUAAUUUCGGGGAGACGGUGUCGUUGGUGUUUUGGACGGAGACGUGGAGACCAGAGAGCUUCUACGACAAAAUCUGUAAAAACCGAACAGCUGGACUGCACACGCUCUGUCUGCUGGACAUCAAAGUCAAAGAGCAGAGCAUCGAGAACAUGAUGAGAGGAAGGAAGAUCUACGAGCCGCCUCGCUUCAUGACCGUCAGUCAGGCUGCGGAUCAGCUUAUCCAGAUCAUCCAGAGGAGGAGGGGGGAGGGGGCGGAGCUAGGUGUGACUGAGGACACGGUGUGCGUAGGCGUGGCCCGGCUCGGCGCAGACAACCAGAUGAUCCGCACAGCAACGUUACGGCAGCUGGUGUCAUGUGAUCUCGGCGGCCCGCUCCAUUCGCUGGUCGUCACAGGUCGACUCCACCCGCUGGAGGUGGACAUGCUGCGAGUGCAUGCAGAACCAAACGCGCUGGAACAGCUGCGUAUGGUUGACAGCUCCACCUACUGCUCAUAAGACCUUACCUGAACUCUAACGGCAGGUAGCAGUACAGCAACAUAUGUAUACAUAAUGAAUUCGGGGAAACUGUCCAUGUGAUGUCAUCAAUAAAGACGGAUCAAUAAUCA